AUGUCGCAUCUUCCUCUCCAUACUCCGCCAACACCACCGCAUUUUGGCCUCAGUGACCGGGGCUUCCCAGAGCACUCUACCGGUACUCAAGAUCAGUUGCGUGUUACAGUGGGCUCAAGCGCUUCUAGCCUGAAUAAUCACUACGCUGGGGGCAACAAUACUACGGGUACUUUGGGCCAUAGUAAUAAUAAUAUUCACCCUCCUUCCCCAAACCUUUACGCCCUGCAGGUAAAUUUGCAAGGUGAAGCACGGACUGUCUACACGCAUCAAGGAUACCCAUCCUCGCCUAGAAAAUUGCCACCACUAUCCCAACACCCCCAGCGCGACAACCUGAUCACACAUCAAGACUUUGAUCGUGAGAUAAACACCGGUAACAGCAAUAGUGGCAAAGGCGGCGGCGGAGGUCGCAUCGCGCAUCAACAGGUCUCAAUUACUCACCCUCAAAAAUCCCCCUACCCCCCAUCAUCCCCUUAUAACCACCACAACCAUUAUAGUCUGCAAUCCACCAUCCCUUCUAGGACCCCACAAGAUCAGUUGGAGAGAUUACAACCGGAGGCAUCGAGCGUAACAGGCGGUUUUUUGGGUCCUUUGGCCAACGAUUCUUCUCACCGUUACGAUUCAGGAUCUUCCUCACCCUACUCUGUUUCGAGGUCUUUGUCGGGAGGCUCUAGUAACUCUGUGCAUGGCACGAGCAGAGAUAGAGGACAGCCUUUACUUUCCGUCCCCGAAACUUCUAGCAGCGCGGCUACCACUCCUGCCGCUUCUCCCUCCAUGUCGUCCGCAAGCUUUCCACGCUCCAUUCCACGGACUUCUUCGAUAGAUUCUGCCAUAUCAUCGGCAUCUGCGCAGUCGGGAGCUAAUCAUACUAGCAGAGAUGGAAAUCACAGCUCGGCAAAGGAAGUUAGCCCGACACCGGCCGAGAUCCAGUCCUUAAUCCAAACGGCUGGGUCGGCCGAGUCGCUAAUUGCUUAUAUGAUGAAGGAGAAGGCGUCUGCGGCUUCGCAGAACGCACAAUUGUGGAAACUGGUGGACAAACAGAGGGCUAUGAUUUACGGCCUGAACAAGGACCUGGAACGCGCACUGAAGGAUAAAGAAAAGUACAGGAAGGCACUUAAGGAGCAGAGGGGUCAGCUUGCACCGCUACCUACGUCGUCGAUGGACCCGUCGAGAACAUUCAACGAAUCGCCUGCGCCGAGCGAGAGUGCCGCUGGAGAUUCGCCACGGGAUGGCCAACCAGAAGCAAAUCCCCUCGUUAGAUCGGAAUCCAUGCCCCUUCCUGACCGCUCGAGAUCUGAUUCGAGCUCAGUCCAGGGCGAUUCGAUGGCUCCCUAUCCGCCGGCAAACUCUAUGGGCGAUCGCAUAACUUCAUCCACCAAUCAAGGGACGAGGGGCCCUAAUGGGCAAUUGGCCCCCGACGGCGUAACUUCGUCGCUGGGAAACAAACAUUCUGAUCAGAGUCUUGGGGGUCAGGGUAAUUUGCAGUCUGGAAAUUCUCUGCCGCCAAUGAUGGAGUCAGCUGAGGAGGGAUCUGCCCCGUUGAGCAAAUUGGAUAACGUAUAUCCGGCCAUAGGCACUGGGCCGGCAAAAGGGCCAAUCCCGCUACGAAUGAAACUUGGUAUCUCAACGGCCGUUGCCCCGACCUCGGGGCUUGGGAAAUCGCCACUUCGAAAGGCACCCCCUGCUCCGUUGUCAUUGGGGUUGCACACGGAAUCCAAACUGCAUGAUGACACUGAUGAAGACGACAAUGUUUCGAUUGACGAGAUUGUAGGCUAUCAACAACUUUCUUCCCAAAAGUCGAAAGAGCCGGAGGGGACGAUAUCUGAUAGUGAUAGCGAAAAGAGCUGGCAACAUACACCGGUGGAUAAGAAGGCUCCUUCUGAUUUCUCGUCCCCCGAAAUUGAAGUGCACAAGAGUAUAUCGCUUGACCGGCCAGCUCCUAGUCCCCAACCAGCUCCCGGCCCCCGACCUCAGGAAAAGCAAGCUUCAACUCUACCGAAACAUAAUGAGGGACUAUUAUCGCCUGCCGCGGCAGGGUUUGGGAAGGAACAGUCCGCAAUUUCCCCUGGUAUCAAACAACAGUUCGCUAGAGCUCCAUUACCCAGUCCCGGAUUGCCAAGCUCACCGAGACCCAUUGACAGACCCCUAGGUUCACCGAUGCCAAGAAUCAAGUCACCCGGUUUACCGACCACGCCGAGAAUGAGUGCGACUCCGGCUCCUUAUGGGCCUGGAACCCCCCGUAUGGGCCUAAGAAUGAGUGCUAGUAUGCCACCUAGAUCGCCGGAAUACAAAGGACACGAGAAAAACGCUUCGGCGAGUAGUUUGUCAAGUGUCGGUGGCUUCACAAAGCCCGGGUCUCUCGACGGAUUAAGCAACCUCCUUAUCCUUCCUUCAGCCAUCCCUUCUGUGGACUCCCGCGUAGUAUCUUCUAGGAUGAAGCCCGCUAGAGCUAGUAUGAUGCCUGGUAGCAAGCCCCGACCGCUAAGUGAGGAUUCUGUAUUUACACUCGGGGUAUUUUCUCGGGCAAAUGGGAAGGAACUGUUGCGGGUCGAAAAGGAUGUUGGGGCUUUACCUGCUUUGGAUUCUCGAUUGAGGAAUUACAUCACUUAUAGUGUUAAAGUUCCAGAUAGGAGUCUUUUCUCUGGACACGCUCCGGCUAAGAUUGAUGCCCGAAGAAAUGCGAUUGACGAAUACUUUGCGGGGGUUUUGGGCGCCACUAUGGAUGAACGUGCGGCGCUGGCGCUGUGUGAGUUCUUCUCGACGGACGUAGUGGAUAAUAGUGUUGGCCGGGACUCGGCUCCGAUAUUCAAGGACGGAAGCGGUAUAACAGGCACGAACCAGGACGGAAAACCGGUGAAGGAGGGAUAUUUGACUAAACGUGGCAAGAACUUUGGCGGAUGGAAAGCACGCUAUUUCGUGCUCAACGGUCCUGUAUUGAAAUAUUACGAAUCUCCGGGAGGAUCGCACUUGGGACAGAUCAAGCUGCAGAAUGCUCAGAUUGGACGCCAAUCACAGAACCGGGGGGUUAAGGAAGCGGCGGAAGGUGCGAAUGACGCGGAUAAUCAAUACCGACAUGCGUUCUUAGUCUUGGAGCCCAAACGCAAGGAUUCGUCCACUCUGGUCCGCCAUGUUUUGUGUGCCGAGAAUGACGCCGAGAGGGAUGAAUGGGUAGAGGCUUUGAUGCAGUAUGUGGAUAAGGGAGGGCCAGAUGAUGAUGCUCAUUCUACAAUGUCUCAAGUAUCACAGACGUCGGCGACUGGUCGGGAGGGAAAGAAGAAGCGGUAUGGACAAAGGCACAACAAGGACAGCAAAGAAAAGAACGGUGAUGAUUGCCUGCAAGCGCUGAGUUAUGAGGAGACUGUCUCCGGGGUAGCGCCUGCUCGAGGUCCUACACCGGAGGACCACCAGCAGGCGCAGGCUAUGGAAAAUAGACCGAUGGUCGGCCCAGUCCCAGAUAGAGGUCCAGUAGCGUCCAAGCAGAUUUCUGGGCCGACGAACGGAUCCGUCAUUUCGGAUCUCGCUGCAUGGGGAUCGAAGUUCUCGGCGCCUACUAAUCACGCGGAGCAGAAGUCAGCAAAGAAGAGGAGCAUUUGGGGGUUCCGACAACGCUCUUCUUCGGACCUCACUAACCAACCUCAGGCUGCGCAGCCUCAACAAACCUAUGAGAGGAUACCUGUUUCUCGAAGUGUCUUUGGAGCUCCGUUAGAAGAGGCGGUUCAUUUGAGCAAGCCGAUGGGAGUGGACGUUCAUCUACCCGCAGUCGUUUACAGGUGUAUUCAAUAUUUGGAUGCCAAGGAUGCGGCGAGCGAGGAGGGUAUCUUUCGAUUGAGCGGUUCGAAUGUCGUUAUCAAAGGUCUUCGAGAACGUUUUAACACUGAAUCGGACUACAAUCUUCUGGAUAAUGACGAGUACUAUGACGUUCACGCCGUGGCCGGUUUGUUGAAGUUGUAUCUUAGAGAACUGCCGACAAAUGUUCUAACGACGGAGCGAAGGGAGGACUUCGUCAAAGUCACGGAAAUGGACGACAAGGCAGCUAAAAUCGCGGCCCUGAACGAGUUGGUUCAUACGCUGCCUGUUGAGAACUUCGAACUCUUGAGGGCGUUGUCGGGACACUUGAUCCACAUUGUUGAGAACUCGGAUAUAAACAAGAUGACUAUAAGAAAUGUUGGAAUUGUUUUCUCCCCAACCCUCAACAUACCAGCCCAAGUUUUCAGUAUGUUCCUCCAUGAAUACAACCACAUCUUUGUUCGCCCAGAAGAAGGCAACCUUGAAGCCCUCCGUAGCCACCAUCCAAAACACCCCCACCAAAACCCCCCGUCCACCCCAUCUCCCGUCUCCCCACGUAGCCCAUACCCCACACCCACCGACCGCCGCCCAUCGACGACUGGAUCACUCCUCCACCCGAGCAACCCCAACGCCGCCCCCUUAACCCCAGCAAUGCACUCCCCAUUACCACCAUCACGCCCGGCACCCCAAGAACCGCCAAUCACCCCGAGACCACAAUUCGCUAGUUACGAGCCGGCGUACGGGACCGUUGUUACCCCUACCCCAACGAAGCAACCGGCGAUGGGGUUUCCGGCGCCACCACCGAUGCUUGGUGAUGGCCUAGGGGACAAUGGACCUAGUGGGGCUAAGGCUAGGAGGAGAGAGAGUAGUAUGAUGUUCAUGAUGGGUAGGAAGGGGUAUAAUCGUGGGGUGAACAAUGGCGGGAGCGCAAUGGUGAUGGAAGAUAGUGUCUAUGAGUGAUUCCAUCCACUCGACUACCCCCCUCUCUUUCGUUUUCGUUUCCCCGAUUUGGCCCGGCCCGGCUUUCAUAGGUGGGUGGUGUGAGCGGUCAGUUAUGUCGCGUUACGUUAAUGUCCUCUUCCCCCCGUUCCCUAUUUAUUCUGUUAUAUCCUUACACUAUCAUACAACUUAAUACAAGUACAAGUA